CCUUCAGAGCAAAGCGUGACCCUUAACGCACAUGUGCGGAAGACAACGAAUGAAAAUCCGACAAGAAGGUACGGCAUGACAGACUGAGAAGCUGCUGCUGAAGGAACGAAGACAAAACCCGUUUCUCUCCUGAAAACAGACACUGCUAGCAGGCGGAGGACGUAGAGACUGAUCACCAGAACCUAACUUCAAAAUGGAUCUUCAUGAUAAAGAAAUUGUAUCCAGGGAGAUUUUGCCUGUGGUGAUUAUUGGUAAUGGCCCAUCAGGAAUCUGCCUGUCAUACCUGUUGUCAGGUUACACCCCCUACCUGUCACCUGAAGCAUGGCACCCAAACCCCCUACUGCACAGCAAGCUGAGGGAGAAUCCUCACCUGUCACUACUGGAACAGGAUCUGGAGUACCUGUGCGAGGGCCUGGAGGGACGGUCGUCCAAUCCCAUGGCGGUGCUCUUUGAUUCACUGCUGCUGCCUGACAGUGACUUUGGAUUGGACCACACUUCUCCGUUGGAAUGGCGAUAUGAGCCAGAGCGUGCUGUUCCUCACCUGGUGCUUGGAAAGGGCCCGCCUGGAGGAGCCUGGCAUGCUAUGGAGGGCUCCAUGCUGACUCUGAGCCUAGCUAACUGGAUGGAGCUUCCUGGACUCAAACUUAAGGACUGGAUGAGAGACAAACGCAGAAAUUUAAGAAAUGACCGUGCCACACCAGCAGAAAUAGCCUCCUACUACCAACACUACGUUUCCAAGAUGUCCCUGGAGCAAAACUUUGCUUGUGGGACCACUGUUACCUCGGUAACCCGACAGCCUGGCAACCAGGAGGGUUUACCACCCUGCUGGAGAGUGACAGGACUGCAACGGAGGGAGGGUGAGGUACUGGGAGAUGGUUCAUCAGUUUCGGAGGAGGUGCCUUUCUCACUGCUGGCCCACAAUGUGGUGCUGGCGACGGGCACACAUGACAUCCCGGCCAGGCUUAGUGUGGAGGGAGAGUCGCUGCCCUUUGUUUGUCACUCUUUCUGGGAACUGGAGGCAGCCAUUUCUCGUGGCGAGCUUGACCAGACCUCAGACCCAGUGCUGGUGGUGGGGGCGGGGCUUACAGCGGCUGACGCAGUCCUUGCUGCCCAUCAUCUCAACACACCUGUUUACCAUGCCUUCAGACGCUCAGUCACAGACCCAGGCCUUAUCUUCAACCAGCUGCCCAAACUGCUCUACCCUGAAUAUCACAAGGUUCAUCAGAUGAUGACCCAACAGCAGCACCAACACACCCCCCCACUGCAGGAGCAUGCCAGGAAUCUUGAUUCUCACUCUACCCCUUCCUCUUCAUCCCCCCGACCUCCAUCCUCUUCCAACAACUCCUUCUCCACCUCCUAUCUUGGUUACCUGAGCUUCCCGUGUCACAGGGUAGUUGCAUUCAAACCAGACCGGAAAUGCAUCCUGGAGUCAGACUCCGGCGAGCAGACAGUAGUCCAAGUCUCCAAAGUGCUGGUUCUGAUCGGCUCACAUCCUAAUCUUUCCUUUCUUGAAGACAAUGGUCGUUCAUUAGGCAUAAACCCAGAGGAGCCGAUCUCGUGCCGAAGGAACCCGAUUGAGGUGGACCCGUUCACGAACAGGGUGAUUGGUGCAGAAGGACCUGGCCUGUAUGCUAUGGGCCCUCUAGUUGGUGAGAACUUUGUCAGGUUUCUGAAAGGAGGAGCGUUGGCUAUCGCUAGUGAUUUCACAAAGAGACAGAGUGCAAAGAGAGAAGAAGAGGCUGUAACCACAGACACAUGGCUGGACAGACGAGUGAGCACUCAGAGAGCAGCAGAGGUUCUGACCUCAUAGCAGCUUUAAUGGACAAUUGAUGGUUGGAUCAAAGUGACCUCUGAUCUGAUUGAGACUACACAACUGCAAUAAGUCAUGUUCUCCAGAAACUGACUAAGGAAGUCAGACACACACCGAAACCUCUUCUACUAUAGCCUCUUCCUUGUUAACCAGCCUGGACCAACCAAGCCAACACACACUCUAAGAAAAAUGUCCAUUUUAAAUCAAAUAAUGUCCUGGAUUAAAUUUACCAGGACAUUUUGCCAUUAACUCAGCAGACACUUCUGUUAAUACAAAAACAGAAAUUUCUGUAUUUCCACAGUAAAUGCCAUCUUGCAUUCACAGACAUGUCUGUUCAUCUGAAAACUAAAAGUUCUUUUCCCUGUUUCCUUCCAGGAAUGAACCCGCACUGAACAAAACAGAGAAUGGUUGAGCCAAUUGACUCAUUUGCUCCAAUUAGUAACAAAGUAACUGAAUGAAACUCAUCCAAGAUCCGUUAAGUUGAUAUUCAGCAUAAUUUCUACUCCAGUGAAACACAGAUUGGAAGUAGUGGUGGUGGGUGUGACUCCCUGUACUGUCCUCACUCAUGGUGCCAACUUUAAAUAAGUUUAAAUAGUUUCAUUUUUUGCCUGAACUGAAUUUUACCUGUGGACCAACAUUUUUGCUGGACUAAUUGUACUUGACCUUUGCUGAUGUAACAGGACCGCUUUUGAUGCCAUAACAUCUACUGGAGUACAGUAGGGCUUCAAAGAUAAACUGUAUCUGCAACUGGUCAGAAAUAAGUGUUUACUGAAUCUACAGUUAUGACUGUAGCUGGGGAUUGUAUACAUCGUUCAAAUCCCAAGAAUCUUAGCUUUCCAAUGGUGUAUAACGUGGAGUUACUUGGAAAAGAGAAUAAGUAAAAUACAUAAUAUUUUUCAUGCCCCGCCCACAGGACUUCUGAUACCAACAUUCAAAUUAACAUUCAUAAAUGUGAUAAACAUGUAAACAUAACACAGAAGUAAAGCACAUAACUUUAAUUUACAGGGUAACAAUCACAAAAGGUGAAAUUCCUGCUGAAUGUGCAUAUCCCAUGAGCCUUUGUGGUCUUUGCGCACUUGCUACUGUGACUCUGAAGAAAGUGCGUCUUUAGGAUACUAAAGCCAUGUCAAAUAUUAUAAUUGAACUUUAAGAGGAGAUGAGUCUUAGAUAAGUUCACAACACGGUAUUCCAGAUAUGUUUAGUUUUGAGAAGAAUUGUUCCCAAAAUGCAAUGUGGAAAUUACAACAAACUACUGGUAAAACUACCUGUAUUCUACUACUACUAUUCUACUUUUACAGACUUUUCUUAGAGUGCAGGUUGCCAUGGCAUCAACGAAUGAACAUGUUUCAGCCUUUUUUCCUUCUGCAGUCCUCAGUCAUCUUGUAGCACUAAGUUCCCGUAAACACUUUAUGGUUGAAUGGUAAAAGAUCGAUUCUUUAUUGAUAUAUUUUUUGUGUUUUUAUAAGUUUGACAUUUUGUGAACCUGUGGUACUUUUAUAUCUCCAUGUUAGUGUGAUUUAUUUUUAUUUUUUCCAUUAUGUAACUGUACUUACUCGGCAUCUUUGUAUAGUUUUACCAAUUAGGAAAAUAUUUUAUAAGUAAAAGAAACUAUUUUUUUGUUUAAUUUUAAUGAGUAAAUAUGUUUAUUUAGCAGCUUUUUUAAACACUGGAAUUUGGCUUUUUAUAUAUUUGGUGCCUUCAAGGUCCUCUUCUUAAUUAGCUUAACCGGGCUUUAAAAAAAAAGCAUAGUCUGUACUAAUGUCACAUACAAUAUUUAAUUUAAAACAAACAGAUUAGAAUAAUAUUUAUGGAGAAGAUAUUAAACACUGAAACUUUUUACAGUUUGCUUGAAGAGGAAAACAUAUUUUUUUAUCAUAUAAAAUCCUGUUUUGUACCCUUUCUAAACAGCUGUCAGAUAUUUAACUGAAGAAAUCUGCAGGAAUUUAUACCUAAAGAGUUCAGUAUAUUGCCUUCUUUUUUAUAAAUAUUAUCAGCUCAUAAAAAUCACAAUUCUUCCUCAAGCGCCUGCAGCCCUCGGCUUCAAACCGCUUUGUUUGUUGUAGGAGAUUUAUGGGAUGGGAUCUGUGUUUUGGUUUCAAAUUGUCAAUCACUUGUAAAAUUAUGAUUUUUUUUUUUUAAGAAAAACACUAGUUCUUACCAUUAAGCACUGAAUUUAAGCUGAAAUAAAUCAAGAGAGAUUAUGUACAAUUUAUGUAUUUAUUCUAUAACUUACUACAUUCAACGCUUCAGUAAUCAGAUGAAAAAAAUGUUUCAUUUUUCAUAAAUGAAUUCAUUUGCAAUUUCAAUGAAAAAGUUCAUUAUUAUUGUUUUUCAUGACCUGAAAAGCUGCAAUCUGAUGAUGUUUUGCAUUAACAUCUGUCCAGUCACAUACUGUAUCAGUAAUCCAAACUGGUUUUGUUCAUUUUAUUUCUGCUAAGAGAUUUGUUUAUGGGUAAACUGGCAGUAAUAUUUUAGCUACACAGAAACCUUUUUCAUCAACUGGUUUAAAAUGAACAGCACAGUGAAACAUCCUGUAACUCGGACACUGUUGUCGUGUUGUUGCUUCAGUUGUAACUGAACUGUGGUCCAAAGGAGCCGAUUGUGCCUUUGAAACUCAUCAGUUGCAUUAUUAUUAUAUUCUUACAUUAUUUUACAUGCUGAAUGAAAACGCCUCCAUCUGAAUGUCAUGUUUCUGAUGCAGUAAAACUUCUUUCCUGUCUAUUGACUGUUUUGUAAAAAUAGGGAUUGGAAAUGAUUUUUCAUUUGUACUGUCAACUACAAGUUUUCCUCAUUUGUACACAAGUUUCUAAUAAAUUGAAGAUUUACAGCUAA